CGCCCGGGACCCGGAACGUCGCUCGCCCAGCCAUGGCUUCGGGCCCCGCGGGGGCGGAGACCCGGCAAAGGCUGCUGCGCACCGUCAAGAAGGAGGUGAAGCAGAUCAUGGAGGAGGCCGUCACACGGAAGUUUGUCCACGAAGACAGCAGCCACAUCAUCUCCUUCUGUGCUGCUGUGGAGGCCUGCGUCCUGCACGGGCUGCGGCGGCGGGCGGCCGGCUUCCUGCGCAGCAACAAGAUCGCCGCUCUCUUCAUGAAGGUGGGCAAGAGCUUCCCGCCAGCCGAGGAGCUGAGCCGCAAGGUCCAGGACCUGGAGCAGCUGAUCGAGAGCACGCGAAACCAGAUCCAGGGCCUCCAGGAGAAUGUGCGGAAGCUACCGAAGCUGCCCAACCUGUCCCCACUUGCCAUCAAGCACCUGUGGAUCCGCACAGCCUUGUUUGAGAAGGUCCUGGACAAAAUUGUGCAUUACCUUGUGGAAAACAGCAGUAAAUACUACGAAAAGGAAGCGCUCCUGAUGGACCCCGUGGAUGGCCCCAUCCUUGCGUCUUUGUUGGUGGGGCCCUGCGCGCUGGAGUACACCAAGAUGAAGACGGCGGACCACUUCUGGACCGACCCCUCCGCCGACGAGCUCGUCCAGAGGCACCGCAUCCACAGCUCACACCUGCGACAGGACUCGCCCACCAAGCGUCCAGCCCUCUGCAUCCAGAAGAGGCACUCGAGUGGCAGCGUGGACGACCGGCCGUCCCUCUCCGCACGCGACUACGUGGAGUCGCUGCACCAGAACUCGCGCGCCACCCUGCUGUACGGCAAGAACAACGUUCUCGUCCAGCCGAGGGACGACAUGGAGGCCGUCCCGGGGUACCUGUCCCUGCACCAGACAGCUGAUGUCAUGACCUUGAAGUGGACGCCCAACCAGCUGAUGAACGGGUCUGUGGGAGACCUGGACUACGAGAGAAGUGUCUACUGGGACUACGCCAUGACCAUCCGCCUGGAAGAGAUCGUCUACCUGCACUGCCACCAGCAAGUGGACAGCGGUGGGACAGUGGUGCUGGUCAGCCAGGACGGGAUCCAGAGGCCGCCCUUCCACUUCCCCAAGGGGGGGCACCUCCUGCAGUUCCUGUCGUGCCUGGAGAACGGGCUGCUCCCUCACGGGCAGCUGGAUCCCCCACUCUGGUCUCAGCGGGGAAAGGGCAAAGUAUUUCCCAAACUGCGGAAGCGAAGCCCUCAGGGUUCCGCCGAGUCCACGUCUUCAGACAAGGAAGAGGACGAGGCCACGGAUUACGUGUUCAGGAUCAUCUACCCCAGCCUGCACUCUGAGCUCGUGCCCCAGGACCUGAUGGAUGUCUCCAUGAGCAACCUGCCGUCCCUCUGGCAGCCCAGUCCCCACAAAUCCUCUUGCUCAUCCUGCUCACAGAAUGGCUCGGUGGAUGGUGGUGCGACCAAUGGCUGCAAGCAUGAGAGGGCUCCCCUGAAGCUUCUCUGUGACAACAUGAAGUACCAGAUCCUCUCCAGAGCCUUCUAUGGAUGGCUUGCCUACUGCAGACACCUGUCCACCGUGCGGACCCACCUGUCAGCCCUGGUCAAUCCCGUGAUCGUGUCUCCCGACCUGCCCUGCGAUGCUGGACGCGGGCUGACGGCGGGCAUCUGGGAGCAGUACCUUCAGGACAGCACCAGUUAUGAGGAGCAGGAGCUGCUGCGUCUUAUCUACUAUGGGGGCAUCCAGCCCGAGAUCCGAAAGGCUGUGUGGCCCUUCCUGCUGGGCCACUACCAGUUCGGGAUGACAGAAACAGAAAGGAAGGAGGUGGACGAGCAGAUUCAUGCCUGCUACGCACAGACCAUGGCCGAGUGGCUGGGCUGUGAGGCCAUCGUGCGGCAGAGGGAGCGGGAGUCCCAUGCAGCCGCCCUGGCCAAGUGCUCAUCAGGGGCCAGCCUGGAUGGUCACCUGCACCGGAUGAUGCACCGGGACUCCACCAUCAGCAAUGAGUCCUCCCAGAGCUGCAGUUCUGGCCACCAGAACAUCCGCCUGCAGAGCGACUCCAGCAGCAGCACACAGGUGUUCGAGUCUGUGGAUGAAGUGGAGCAGGUGGAGGCAGAGGGCAAGUUGGAGGAGAAACAGCCCAAGAUCCCCAAUGGGAACCUGGUGAAUGGCACCUGUUCCCCGGACUCUGGCCAUCCCUCCUCCCACAACUUCUCCUCUGGCCUCUCAGAGCACUCGGAGCCCAGCCUGAGCACGGAGGACGGUGUCAUGGACGCCCAGCGCAGUGCCUCCCUGGUGCUCCGACCUGGGGACAGCAGCGUGGAUGAAGGGCAGAGCAGCGAGGCCACCACCUCCCGGGAUGAGGCUCCCCGUGAGGAGCUGGCCGUGCAGGACAGCCUGGAGAGUGACCUCCUUGCCAACGAGAGCAUGGACGAGUUCAUGUCCAUCCCCGGCAGCAUGGACGUGGCUCUGCCUGAAAAGGAGGGCACCCCGAUGGAGGGCUGGGGGGGCGGCGAGGUGGAGAAGGGUAGCCAGGUGGACAGUGAGGACAACCUCUCCGAGGAGCCUGAGAUGGAGAGUCUGUUCCCUGCCUUGGCUUCUCUGGCCGUGAGCACUUCUGCCAACAACGAGGCGUCCCCUGUGUCAUCCAGCGGUGUCACCUACUCCCCGGAGCUGCUGGACCUGUACACGGUGAACCUGCACCGCAUCGAGAAGGACGUGCAGAGGUGCGACCGCAACUACUGGUACUUCACGCCCGCCAACCUGGAGAAGCUGCGCAACGUCAUGUGCAGCUUCAUCUGGCAGCACAUUGAGAUCGGCUACGUCCAGGGCAUGUGUGACCUCCUGGCCCCACUGCUGGUCAUCCUGGAUGACGAGGCCCUCGCCUUCAGCUGCUUCACGGAGCUCAUGAAGAGAAUGAACCAGAACUUCCCCCAUGGCGGUGCCAUGGACACACACUUUGCCAACAUGAGGUCACUAAUCCAGAUCCUGGACUCGGAGCUCUUCGAGCUGAUGCACCAGAACGGGGACUACACUCACUUCUACUUCUGCUACCGCUGGUUCCUGCUGGACUUCAAGCGAGAACUCGUAUAUGACGAUGUCUUCUCUGUCUGGGAGACCAUCUGGGCGGCCAAGCACGUCUCAUCCACCCACUACGUCCUGUUCAUCGCGCUGGCCCUGGUGGAGGUCUACCGUGACAUCAUCUUGGAGAACAACAUGGAUUUCACGGACAUCAUCAAAUUCUUCAAUGAAAUGGCCGAGCGACACAACACCAAGCAGAUCCUGAAGCUGGCCCGGGACCUCGUGUACAAGGUGCAGACUCUGAUCGAGAACAAGUGAGGGCCGCCGCGUCCAGGCUGCCGCAGCAGAGCCGCCGCCUGCCUGUCCUGCCCUUUCCCUCCCGGCGCCCGGGAGCCAGGUCUUCGUGUUCGUUCGUGGACAUGGACUUCUGUGCAGAGACUGCCCGACUGCGGCCGCCGGGCAGGUGGGGUCGAGGGGUUGCCCCUUGAGUUCAGCCUUACGUUUUCCUGUUUGACCAAAGAUUGCCCGUGUCUGGGAUUGUCCUUUGCGGCAGUUGGUGGUGGACGGAGGGAACUUCCUGGUUCGGGGCCUCGAGACUGGCCCCUCUCCCUUCUCUCCCCACCCCUCCACACCAUCCUUCAGGGGAGACUCGGGCGGGGUUGUUCUGGACUUCGGAGUAGGAGAGGUCUGUGGGCUCCUCGCACCUGCGGGGCCUUCGGAGAGGUUGCGGAGCAGGGCUGGAGCCGGGUGGCGCAGGGUCUCUGCACUCGGCACUGCUCGCGUUUGGGCUGCGGCCUUUGCGGGGCAUCCUGUGCUUUGUAGGAUGUCGAGCAGCAUCCCUCUACCUGCCAGGAGCCAGUAGUACCCUCACCCCCACCCCAGCUGUGACAGCCCACGUGUCCCCGUUGAGACCCAUGGGGUAGAGGAGGGGCUGCAGUGUAUCUCCCACCGGCUCUCUCUGCCCGAGCCACCUGGUCCUGGCUCCCUCCCAUUUAGAAAAGGCGAACGGGAGGCCUGCACACCUCUCCCCUUGACUUUGGGAUUGCGUUGGUUGUGUUAUCUCGUUUUUCUCCUCUGCCUGACUCCGGGAGGGACUCCUUUUCCAGGAGGGUAUCUUCCUGCAGGGCGGUGGAAUCUGAGAAGUGUCUGCAGGUGUGAGACAGUCCCAGGCUCUUCUGGGAUUUGCCCAGAGCCCCGCCUGGGGUAGGGCAGGAUCCUCGGCCCCUCCCGCUCCCCCUAGGAAAGCCUGCCUCUCCUUCCACACAUCUGGUCUGGUGCUGCAGGAGCGUGGAACGUGUGUGUGGGUGAAGCCACGUGGUCAGGGAGGCCAGCUUUUCCCCAAGUGCCCUUGCUCACUCAGGACAAAGGAGGAGGGAGACGGAGGUCAGCCAGGGUAGGUGUGUGUGACUUGCAGGGCGGCUGGGUCUAGAAGUGAUUCCUGCUGUGUCGUCUUAGAAAGGGCCACCCAUCCUCACACAGGUCCCUCACACAGGUCCCACUGGCCUCGGGAAAGCAGUCCGCGGCCUCUGUUCUGAGGAUCCGGAACACAGCCGGGGGACUGUCCUAAGAAUGGCAGAUAGGUUUCAGAGAGGGCAGGGGACACAUCAAGCACACUGAAGCGCUCAGGCAGAGGGUGCACUAGUCUGCCCACCCCACCCGAGCCAGCUGGGCCCGGGGAUCCCAGCCUCAUGCUGGGGAAGCCCUUCCCUCGGCCCAGCUCCUUCCAGUGCACCUGAGUCCCACCUCCCCAACGGGCCUGUGGGCAGAGAGGACAAGGCCCAGACGGCCCUUGUUUCCAAAGAGCGUGCAUCUCCUCAUGCCGAUCCCCCAGCUUCCCGAGAUGGGAGACAGUGUGCAAAAGUCCCCUCCGGAGAAAAGUGAAUGUUGCCACAGAGCUGUUCAUCACAGGGGACACUGUCAGCAGGCCCCAGGCCCCAGGCCCUCUGAUUGUUAUUUAUUUUUGACAACUAGUCACAGCACAAGAUUUCUCCUCGCCUUCUCUCGUGUUCCCGAGAACGUCCGUGGCUGUGGUUCGGAACAACUGCUAUUUGUUCAGCUCUCUGUGCUAUUCAGGUCUCCGUGUGUCGCGUGUGUCCUCGUGUCCCAGACUCGAGUGUGUGGGAGUCAUUCUGUCUGUGGGGUGUCCUC